AUGCUUCUCAAGCUACUUGUUAUGGCAGUAGGGGCACCAUCGGUGGCUCUUGCUGCCUCUAAUGAGGCACUGAGAUCAUGCUUCGAGAAUGUGCUCACAGACCCGGGGAGUUUUGCCUUUGCCGGGGACCUGUUCUACGGCUGCAUUGUGAAUCGCUACAACCUGAAUAUUCCCGUUACCCCAGCAGCAUUGGCCUUUCCUACUUCUUCUCAGCAGGUGGCUGAUAUAGUCAAGUGUGCCGCGGAGAACGGGUAUCCAGUCCAGGCUAGAAGUGGAGGGCACAGCUAUGGCAACUACGGCCUUGGAGGAACUGACGGCGCCGUUGCGAUUGACUUGAAGCAUCUCAAGCACUUCUCCAUGGACAAUACAACUUGGCAAGCAACAAUUGGGGCGGGGAGUUUGUUGAGUGACGUGGCACAACGGCUCUACCACGCUGGGGGACGGGCUAUGUCUCACGGAAUUUGUCCUCAAGUCGGUUCGGGGGGACAUUUCACAAUUGGUGGUCUUGGUCCGACUUCGCGCCAAUUUGGUGCCGCAAUUGACCAUGUCAUCGAGGUUGAGGUGGUUCUUGCCAACUCGAGCAUUGUCAGAGCCUCUGACACGGAAAACCAAGACCUCUUUUGGGCUAUCAAAGGUGCUGCCUCGGGCUACGGUAUCGUCACGGAGUUUAAGGUGCGAACUGAGCCUGAGCCUGGUACCGCGGUACAAUAUACAUACAGCAUGGAGUUCGGAAACCCCAAGAAGCAGGUGGCCCUUUUCAAGAGCUGGCAGGCCUUCGUGUCAGAUCCAACAUUGACUCGAAAAAUGGCAUCCACCCUCACUGUGCUUGAGAAUAGCAUGGCAAUCAGCGGUACUUUCUUCGGCACCAAAGAAGAGUACGAUAACAUGAACCUUAGCAACAAGUUCCCCGGUGCAAAUGGCGAUGCAUUGGUUUUUGAUGAUUGGUUAGGACUUGUCGCCCACUGGGCUGAAGAUGUUAUUUUGAGGUUGGCAGCUGGAAUCCCAACGAAUUUCUAUGCAAAGUCCACUUCUUGGACGCCCCAGACCCUGAUGAAACCGGAGACUAUCGACAAAAUGUUUGACUACAUUGGUACUGUCGACAAGGGUACUUUGAGCUGGUUCCUGUUGUUCGAUUUUCAGGGAGGUUACAUCAACGACAUCCCGAAUAAUGCUACAGCUUACGCCCACCGUGAUGUGCUCAUCUGGCUACAGUCCUACACAAUCAAUCUCUUGGGGCACGUCUCUCAAGCCCAGAUCAACUUCCUCAAUGGGCUUCACAAGAUUGUCACCAAUGGCGACCUCCCCAUCGCUGCCUACCCGGGUUACGUUGAUCCUCUUAUGUCCAACGCCGCUGAGGCAUACUGGGGCACCAACCUCCCCCGACUGCAGCAGAUCAAAGAGCAAGUUGAUCCAAACAAUGUGUUUCGGAAUCCACAGAGUCCAUCUCUUGCAAAGAAACAGCCUGUGUGA